AUGAAUCCAUCUCAAACACGCAUUAUUCUACCGACGAACGCCACGAGUGCUGCCAAUCCUCUUGCAGAUACUAUUCCAACGACGAUUGCUCACGAUACAGUAGUACAGACGAAUCGUGAGGGUGAACCACCCGAAUAUCGUGAAAUUAAGACAACUGAACAAAUUCUUGAGCCGAUUCUAUUAGAAAAAGCUCCACUAGCAAAAAUGAUGACAAAGAAAACAACAACAACAACAGUUGAAGAAGUACCAACGGUUCCAACUUCAAGGAUAACAACGACUAUCCAAGAGAUACCCGCCUCAACGAACUAUGUAUUGAAACAAGCAAAUGAAUUUAAACCGAUAGCUGUAAUCUCUGAUACUACGCCCAUCAAUAGUGUCAACAAUCAGAUUGUUGGAACAACGAAUACGGGUAGUUUGACAACACCAGGCAAAAUUGUCGGCGAUUUAGAACCAGUCAUUUCAGAACAGUAUGUAACUACAGUGGCCGAACCAGUGACAAAGAAAGUCAUCAAAACUGUAACCCACGAAACCAAUAAUUAA